GUGGCAGUAUGGGUGUUCUGGAGACUCCUGGAGUUCCACCCAGUCCCAUCGUGCUACCUCGGAGUUUGCCUCACUGUGGCCUGUGCACACCGGCCGCGGACUGCACCACAGCACUCCCCUCUCUUAUCAGGACUACCGCCGCUACCCCAGGAUUCCUGGCGCGCACAUACGGAAAGUUGCAAUUAGACCAAAAAAGAAACCUCCCCUCCUCCAACCGGCCCCACUAUAUAUAAGCCCUGAAUCUGGCCCAGUUCAAUCCACUCGUCUUCCCCUCCAAACUCUCAAG